GAAAGAUUUUCCUUCAAAAGAAGGUGUCAGAUUAUCAAGAAUUUCUUUUUCUUUUAGUUGAAAGAUAAAGUUCAAUUUUUAGAAAAUUCUUUAACACAAUUCAUUAAUGAAUUUGAAAUUGAACGAAAAAAAUUAAUUGAACAAAAUCGAAUUGAAACGGAAUCGUCUAAAAACGAAGUAAUUAAAUUACAACGUGCUCUUGAAUUAAAAACAAAAGAAAUGAAUAAAAUAAAAAAAUUAGCAAAAACAAUUAUUGAACAACGAACAGAAUUAGAAACAUUUUUUUUGGAAGCAUUACAAGGUGUUAAACGACAAAUUGCUGUUAACAGAUUGCAAUAUCGAAAAGAUGCACAUCAAGCCUAUCAAAAUCGAAUGUUGGCCGCUCACGGAGGACAUGCAGAUUAUCCAAAAGUGCGAACAUUCAAUGAAACAUUUGAAUUUAGUACGAAUAGCGUCUUUCAUGACUUGGAAGAAGCUGAAAAAUGGUAA